UUCUUAGACGUUGUUAGGAAGACUGCGGUUUUGUUUAUCUUUAGUUACAAUGCAAAUGUCGAAAUCCCAAGGUUCCACGUUACCCAGACUUCAUUUCAUCGAUUAAGAUCAACGAGAAUCGAGUUAAAUUCACAAGUGGUCAACAUGAAGUUAACCAUUUUGUUCAGUUUAAUGUGUGUAACCUUAAUAGAAUCGGCCCUUGACUUUGAUUGCCAAAAGCGAAUUUGGGACAUUUGCUACGAGGACGCCUCCUAUCCCUCCGAGGAAAUUGACAAAAAAUGGCGCGACUUGAACGAGGAUAAGCAGAUGAAAUUUGGCAAAUACGUGGAUACCCAUUGGGAAAGUGAGGUCAUUUUGGAACCGUGUAAACUCUGCAGCAUCGAGACAAGUAUAAAAAUCCAACCGCUUAGUUUGAUACGUGAUACUGAGAAGAUUUAUUUAUUGAGCACUAACAAAUAUCCCAUUCCAACAAUUCAUGUUGAAGUUUGCAGGAAAAAUGCUAAAUGCAUGCUCGAGAAUUUGCAAAACGAUUUUGCAACAGAUUGCAUACAAAAAACGUCAAAAAUCAACGUUUUAUCCUACAAUUCCACAUCAAAAAGUUUCCAAGCGACCAUGAUGCAAUUUCCAAGCGGUUGCGAAUGCGUAAUCGAGGAGAAUGCAAUAUAA